UUUCAUCAUCAACAACAAGAACAAGAAAAAUUAAAAAAAAAAAAAAAAGAUUUCUAGCCCCAAAUUCGCAUUCAAUUCUCGGUAUGGCCUUCUCUACAGUCAUCCCCACCUAUGAGAAUUCAAUUCUUCUCAAGAAAUCCUCCUUCAAUGGCUUCAAGAACCUCCCUAAAGCAAUCCCUUGUGGCCACUUCAAGUUUCUUGUGCCCAUGAAGACGAAAGCCGCCACCCGGGUGGUUUCAGUUUCUUGCUCCUCCGUGGCGCAACCACUUAAGGCGGCUCAAGAAUCCAUCAACGGCAUCUUACCAAAGAUCCCUCUUCCUGCAUUUCCAUUCCAAGAAUACAUGGCCACUAAGGCCAAGCAUGUCAACGAGGCACUAGAUGAGGCGAUUCCUCUGCAACAUCCGUUGAAAAUUCAUGACGCUAUGAGAUAUUCUCUUCUCGCUGGCGGCAAGCGUGUCCGUCCAGUUUUAUGUAUUGCUGCUUGUGAAUUGGUAGGAGGAGAUGAAGCAAUAGCUAUGCCAGCGGCUUGUGCAAUGGAGAUGAUUCACACCAUGUCCUUAAUCCAUGAUGAUCUUCCAUGUAUGGACAACGAUGAUCUUCGACGAGGCAAACCCACAAACCAUAAGAUGUUCGGCGAAGAAACUGCCAUUCUGGCCGGCGACGCUCUCCUCUCAUUCUCCUUUGAGCAUGUAGCUGCAGCAACCAAGAACGUUUCACCUGACCGAGUGGUUAGAGCCAUUGCUGAGCUUGGUUCAGCAGUUGGAGCAGCAGGGCUGGUGGCAGGCCAAAUUGUAGACAUUGAAAGCGAGGGGAAACAAGUAACUUUAGAGGACUUAGAGUAUAUCCACAUCAACAAGACGUCGAAGCUUUUAGAAGCAGCAGUUGUUUGCGGGGCGAUACUUGGAGGGGCAGAUGAUGAAAGCACAGAAAGAGUUAGAAAAUAUGCGAGGUGUAUAGGGUUGUUAUUCCAAGUUGUGGACGACAUAUUGGAUGUCACAAAGUCAUCGGAGGAGCUCGGAAAGACGGCCGGCAAGGAUCUGAUAAGUGACAAAGCAACAUAUCCAAAGCUGAUGGGAAUUGAUAAGGCGAAGAAAUUUGCUGCUAAGUUGGUGGAUCAAGCCAAUCAAGAACUUGCUUACUUCGACGCUGCCAAGGCUGCUCCAUUAUACCAUUUCGCUAACUAUAUUGCCAGUCGACAAAAUUAAUUUCGUGGGUUUAUUAUUAUAUAAAAUUUACUUGUAUCCAUCAAUGUCUUCAUCUCUUGGUUUAAAGAUUUAAAAAUACAUAGAGAUAGAGAGAUAUAGUUCCUGUUAAUAAAGGGUAUUCAGAAAUUGUAACUAAUGGAGGAGAGGAUCCUUCUUCUUCUUCAUCAUCAUCAUUACCAAGAAAAAUCCUAUGUUUUCAUUAGUUCUUUUUACAUAGGACAAGUAUGUCCUAGCCCACUUUGUAGCCAUCUUAUAAAAAUUAAUGUUGUUCGAGCAGAAAUGGAAAGAUGAAUUAGAGUGAUUGUGACAA